CCCAAAAGCAUAUUUGGAUUUCUCUCUCUUUUUUAUCCUACUCUCUUUGAAAUUGGCCUUUCAAAAUUCGUUUCUUUUUUUACUUUAUUUAUUACGCGAGACUGCAAAUUGCUUCUCUUCACGUUUCUUUUAUCGUGCUUUUAUUUAUUUAUUCAACAUUCAAUUUUCUUUUCAAAAAAAGUACUACUAAUCGCCCUAGUUUUUUAUUUUCAGAGCUCGUUUCUCGUAACUUUGGACUCACUUUUUUUUAAGCAUUCAGGUUUUUUCUUGAGUGAAUAAAACAAAUCAACGAGAGCAGUCUCUUUCUUGCUAAUGUACUUGCAACAGGGCCAGACCCCGGGCCAGCAGUUGCCACAGCAUGUGAGACAAGGAAUGAGUGCUACAUCUCAGGGCGAUGCUACAGGCCAUUAUAUCUCGGCGUCUAUGGGCGGCAGUAAUGCUCAUUUGGUCGGAUUGGCAGGUGCAAUGGGCCAUAACGAGCUUGCGAUGGGAAACAUGGGCGGCGGCAUGCCUUCGGCGAUGAUGGUCAACGGUGCGGGAAUGAUGGGCAACAUGGGACAAGCGCACUCGAUGUACUCGGGCACAGAUGUGGCCUCGGGCAUGUCUGCUGCCCAGGCGGCGGCAGCGGCCGCCCAAGCGCAAGGAGGCGUGGUUAACCCGAUGAUGUCGUCGCCAUCGGUUAUAAACGGCCCAAUGCAGGUGGCCCCGACGCCCGUGAUUCCCAGCAGCCAGUACCACCAGCAGCAAAUCAUGGUGUAUCAGAGGUCUCGCGCAGCAGCCACCCCGCACCACCACGCGCGCGCAGCCAUGGCGCAGCAGCGGCAGCAGGGCAACUAUCUCGGGGGCAGCUCCUUUGACAACUCGCACCUGGUGGCCGGCACUCCGGUGAGCAACUACGCAGACUUUGUGAGCGGACGUUCGACAACUCCGCUGGGCCACCUGAACGGCCAUAACUCGACGCCCGUUAUUAUCAGACCGCCGAGCACGCGGGCAAAGAGCGUGUCGAUCGGAUCUGCAAACGACCGGAGGACACCGGGUGCCGGGGGAGCAUCGGCUGGCGCGACUUCCGCAAGCCAGAGCCAGCAGCAGGCCGGGGCAAAGGGGGCGUCGCGUUGGACUGAGCUCGAUUUGGGCGGCAUGAACCUGCGCGUGCUCUCGCCUCCGCUGUUCCGCUACACAUUUAUGACCAAGCUUUACAUUAACCACAACCAGCUCACCCAUCUGCCAGUGGCCAUAUCCGAGCUGCGCAAUCUCGUAGAACUUGACGCGUCGGGGAACGCCAUCAGCAUCAUUCCGCCAGAGCUCGGCCUUUGCUGCCAGCUCAAGGAGCUGCUUCUAUUUGACAAUCGCAUUUCCGAUCUGCCCUACGAGCUGGGGACGCUGUACCAGCUGGAAUCGCUGGGCCUCGAGGGCAACCCGCUACAGGAGGAUCUCAAGGGACUUUUGCAGAAGGAAGGCACGCGCGCGCUGAUCGAGUACUUGCGAGAGAACGGACCGGCCCCGACCCCACCGCCUGAGCGCCAGUGGAUCUCAUUGGACAAGAAUGCAAAGGUGCAAAACCCCGAUGCGAUCACGGUGAUGAGCUACAACGUGCUGUGCCCCAAGUACGCGACCCCGCAAAUGUACAGCUACUGCCCGGCAUGGGUGCUGGCGUGGGAGAAUCGGCGUGAGAUCAUCAUUAACGAGAUCAUUGACUAUGAGCCCGACGUCAUUUGCCUGCAAGAAGUUGAGGCCAGCCAGUUUGAUGUGUUCUUCAAAUCGAGGCUCAAGGACCUGGGCUAUGAGGGCGUGUUCUGGACGAAGUCGCGCGCGCGCACGAUGAGCGAGAGUGAGCGCAAGCUAGUCGACGGCUGCGCGACGUUCUACAAGACGGACAAGUUCAAGUUUGUCGCGUCGCACUUGCUUGAGUUCCAGCAGAGUGCGUUAAGCAGAAACGACUUCCGCAAGUGCGAUGACUUCUUUAACCGCUUCAUGACCAAGGACAACAUCGUUGGCUUUGCCGUGCUCAAGUACAAGAAGCUCGAGAAUGAGCCCACGCUGUUUGUCGCCAACGCGCACGUCCACUGGGAUCCCGAGUUCACAGAUGUCAAGAUGAUCCAGACCACAAUGCUCACUGAGGAGUUGGCCAUGCUGGCAAAGAAGUACGGCGGCAUGUCGGCUUCGUCUACGGGCUCCGUGAAUGUCGGUAGCAGCGAGGGCUCUGAAUCUCACCGGAUGCAGAUUCAGUUGCAGCAGCAGCAGAAGCAGUUCCAAAAGAUCUCUUCGAUUAUUUGCGGCGAUUUCAACUCUAAGCCCGACUCUGGUCUAUACGAGUUUUUGUCGCGCGGGCGGCUGGAAAAGGAACACGAGGACUUGGAGCGCCUGGAGCCAUAUGCAGACUAUAAACGCAACGGACUGCGGCAUCCAUUCGGACUUAAAUCGGCCUACGCGAGUAUCGGCGAGUUGCCAUCCACCAACUACACACCGAAAUUCAACGGCACCAUCGACUAUAUCUGGUACUCUGUCGGAACGCUUGUCCCGACGGGGUUGCUUGGCGAGAUUGACGAGGAGUGGAUGCGUCAGAGUGUAGGCUUCCCCAACUACAAUAUUCCGUCGGAUCACAUCCCGAUCAUGGCUGAGUUCAAGUGGAAGCCUGCGGGAAAUGCAUCUAAUCCGGCGACCACGUCUGGUCGGCAGCCGUUCCAAUAUAACCGAAAAUGAUUAUUUUCGUUAUUUUUUCACUUUGCCACACACUGUCUUUUUUGUUUCACUUUUUCUUUACUUUAUCUUUCAUACAUUCUUAUUUUAUUUCAUUUUUUGUUGUUAUGAUUUUGAUCUUUGGAAG